CGGCGUUGCUUCCUGACGGCUGGUUGUUACGGUAACUGCGGGAACGCCGAGGGCUCCAUUGCGGAGGGAACCGUAGAUCGGUGCUGAAGCGGCUGCCAGGGUUUGGGAGGGCGGCCUGUGCCGCUGGGCCUCAGAAUUGGACAGAACUUGACAAUGUUAAUAUGGCAGUCUACUUUGAUCAUCGUAUUGAGGCACCAGGUACCGUGGGCUCUCCAUCAGAGAUUGCUUGGCAUUGUAUCCAUCCUUUGCUGGCAGUAGCCUCUGUCAGUACCAGCAGCACUCCAGCAGGCAGUGUGGAUGUAUAUCUUGAGCAGGGAGAACACAUCCCCAAUGCACACAUUGAUCGUCCUUUCCAGCCAGGACUCAUCAGUUGGCAUCCUUCCAAGAGGAUUCUGGCAGUUGGUUGGCAAACUGGAGUGGUGAUAUUUUGGUCUGAUCACGGUUGGGAUGAACACCAGAUAACAGGUGGCACACACCGAGCUGAGAUCACUAUCUUAGAAUGGAGCAGCAACGGCACACGGCUGAUCUCUGCUGAUAAGGCUGGAGUGCUGAUGGUUUGGAGAGUGGAUCAACAUGGGAGAGUGCAAGGACCACCCCUUGGUAAACAGGAUUAUGGCAAGCACUUGGUCCACUGCAUCUUCAAACCUCCAGCCCCAGGAGAGGACCUGGUACAGUUGGCAAAAGCAGCUGUAAGUGGAGAUGAGAAUGCCUUGGAUAUGUUUAACUGGAAGAAGGUUGGUAAGGGAGAUGCACCAUUUAAAGUUGGACUUCAAGAAGGAAUCGUGUGCUUUGUUAGUACAACAGAUGGGAUUGUGUACUACGUUGGUGAGAAAGGGAAGAGCUUGCAAAUCCUCCGCACUGAUGGGCCAAUCAGGAAGCUCAUGUACAUGGAGGAGAAGGAAAUUCUAAUGAUCGUGACUGAGGCACUCUUCCUGUCUCAGCAUCGUAUUGGUCUUGAUGGAACAAGUCAAGAGCUUAUGAAGGUCAAGCUGAGCGGAAAGACAGGUCAAGCUGCUGAUAUUAUCUGGGCAGAGAGGGACCUUCUCUUCACAGCAGCAGGUGAAACAGUUGUUAGACUCUGGGAUCUGGAUAGAGAUGAGAAUUGUGCUUUGACACUAGAUGAGCAUCUGGGAUUUAGCACCGGAGAAAGCAUCAAUUGCAUCUCCUACUGUGAAAGCAAAGGUAUCCUAGCGGCUGGCACCACUAAAGGACAAGUUGCUAUGUGGCGAAGGGCUCUGGUCAGCAGUAUAGGAGGUCACCGCAUGCAGGGGAAGGACCAAUGGAAACUGCAAGCUCCAAUAGACCUUGAAGGAAAUAUAAUACAGCUCAAGUGGGGCUCCAGUAAGAACCUGCUCUCUGUGAACAGUGCUGGCACAGUCCUCAUCCUUAGUGAGCAAGUGAUGUCUGCUCACUUCAACCAGCAAGUUGCAGCAAUACAGGUGGCUCCCAACCAGCUCAGCCUUAGCUUCUUCGCGUCAGGAAACCAGCAGAUGUUGCGAACAGACAUACAUGUCAAAGGGGUUUAUGUCACCAAGGAGAUGGUGGUGGUGUGGAAUGCGAAACACAUCAGUGUUUUUGAACUGUUUGGACCAUCAAUGAGAAAUGCCGGUUCAUUUCCCUGUGAUUCUUGUGUUGUGGCUGUCCACGAAGAGAGCAUUUACAGUGUGGAGCCAAACCGUGUGCAAGUUCGCACUCUGCAGGGUACAGUUAAGCAGCUGCUUGUAUUCAAUGAGACUGAGGGAAACCCCUGUCAUCUUCAGACCUGUGGGAACUUCCUAGUAGUGGGGACAGACAAAGCUCAUGUGAAGGUCUUUGAUCUUUCCCGCAGGGAAGCAAAGUCUCACAGCAACACUAAGAACCUGGCAGAGCACAUCCCUAAUUUGGGGAGCAUCACAUCGGUGAAGUGCAGCUCCAAUGGGAAUAACGUCAGCAUUCUUAUAACAAAGGCGAAUGGCAGCCCAGAUUCCAGGGUCUUUUUCUAUGAUGUGGAGAUGGAUACUCUACAUCACUUUGACUUUGAAAUUGGCAAACCAAGCAAUGAAAAUUGUUCCAUGCCUCGUUUGGAAGAGAGUGACAUAGAAAAAGGGCGUUCUGAGAUGCAUGAGCUGAUGGGACGAUAUCCAAUCAGUCAUUUUUGGGACCAGAAUGAACCCAGACUGUUCGUGUGCGAGGCAUCUUUGGCUGCUUCGACGGCAAGGCAGUCAAACAUUACUGCCAGCAUGGAGACCAGUUCCACAGAGUACAAGGUGGAUGUUAUGGUGAUAUCAUUCUUCAGUACACAGGAGCAUGGCCUCUUGCUGCAGGACAGUUUCCCCAAGAUGGAAUCCCAUGAGGCCCUGCUGGGGUUGGAGGUCCCUUAUUAUUAUUUCUCCAAGAAGUCAGGUGUGACUGAGAAUGAACCAGAAUCGAUGUCUGGGUCUACUUCUAUUCCACAAAUGGUGGCAAGGCGGCCCCUGCGAGAUUUUGUUGGACUGGAGGAUUGUGACAAGACAACACGUGAUGCUAUGCUGAACUUCAGCUUUUAUUUAACCAUAGGGGACAUGGAUGAGGCUUUCAAGUCAAUUAAACUCAUCAAGAGUGAGACAGUGUGGGAGAACAUGGCCAGGAUGUGUGUGAAGACACGGAGGCUUGACGUGGCUAAGGUGUGUCUGGGGAAUAUGGGUCAUGCCCGGGGAGCUAGAGCCCUGCGGGAGGCUGCUCAGGAACCUGAACUGGAUGCAAGAGUGGCAACGCUGGCUGUGCAGCUAGGAAUGCUGGAAGAUGCUGAGAGACUUUACAGAAACUGUAAACGGUUUGACCUGCUUACCAAAUUUUACCAGGCCUCAGGACAGUGGCAGAAGGCCAUUGAAAACGCCGAAGCAUUUGACAGAGUCCAUCUAAGGACAACAUACUACAAUUAUGCCAAGCACUUAGAAGCUAUGGGGGAUCAACACCUUGCACUGAGCCAUUAUGAAAAGUCAGACACUCACCGAUUUGAAGUACCAAGGAUGCUUCUAGAAGACCUGCAAGCACUCGAAAUAUACGUCAACAAAACAAAGGACAGAAGCUUGUGGAAAUGGUGGGCCCAAUAUUUGGAAAGUCAAGCAGACAUGGACUCUGCUUUGAAAUAUUACGAGAAGGCACAAGACUAUCUCUCUCUUGUCCGUGUUCAUUGUUAUCUUGGUAAUAUACAAAAGGCCUCUGAAAUUGCCAAUGAGACAGGGAACCAUGCAGCUUCCUAUCACCUGGCUCGCCAGUACGAGGCUCGGGAUGACGUAAAACAGGCCAUCCACUUCUACACUCGCGCGCAGGCCUACAACAAUGCAAUACGUCUGUGCAAGGACAGUGGACUUGAUGAUCAUCUGAUGAACUUGUCUCUGCUGAGCUCCCCAGAGGAUAUGAUGGAGGCAGCACGUUACUAUGAAGAGAAGGGACUCCAAAUGGAUCGUGCUGUGAUGCUAUAUCAUAAGAGUGGUCACUUUUCCAAAGCUGUUGAAUUGGCCUUUGCUACGCAGCAGUUCAGUGCUUUGCAGUUAAUUGCCGAGGACCUGGAUGAGAACUCUGAUCCUGCCCUCCUCUCCCGCUGUUCUGAUUUCUUCAUUGAGCACAGGCAGUUCGAAAAGGCAGUGGAAUUGUUGGUUACUGCAAAGAAGUACCAUGAGGCCCUGCAACUGUGCCUGGAACAGAACCUGACCAUCACAGAGGACAUGGCUGAGAAAAUGACCGUGUCGAAGGAUUCAAAGGAACUCUCAGACGAUUUCCGACGUGAGCUGCUCGAGCGGAUCGCUGACUGCUGCCUGCGGCAGGGAAACUACCACCUCGCAACCAAGAAGUACACGCAGGCUGGCAACAAGACCAAGGCAAUGAGAGCACUGCUGAAAUCAGGAGACACAGAAAAGAUAGUCUUCUUCACUGGAGUCUCUCGUCAAAGGGAGAUUUACAUAAUGGCAGCAAAUUACCUCCAGUCGUUAGACUGGCGGAAAGAUCCAGAAAUCAUGAAAAAUAUCAUCAGCUUCUAUACUAAGGGACGGGCACUGGAUUUGCUUGCUGGGUUUUACGAUGCCUGUGCACAGGUUGAGAUUGAUGAAUACCAGAACUAUGAGAAAGCACUCGGAGCUCUCACUGAGGCCUACAAGUGCCUGUCCAAGGCCAAAAUGCGGAGUCCAGGUGAGCAGGAGGAACAACUGGGGCAACUGCAGAACAAGUUGACGACAGUAAAGAAAUUUGUCCAGAUCAGAAGGCUUUACGAAGAGGAUCCAAAGGAAGCGUUAAAGCAGUGCGAGAUUCUGCUGGGUGCGCCCGAGCUGGACCAAGCUGUUCGGACCGGCGACAUCUACGCCCUCUUGGUGGAACAUCAUGCACAGCAGGGGAAUUUUGAGGUGAGAGAGGAGGAAAGAAUUGGCUUGGCCGUACACGACGGAAGCUGGCGGCGGAGGCGUCCCUCUGACUGGAGGUCUGCGACCACUGGUGUCCCGCAGGGAUCAGUGCUGAGACCUCUGUUGUCUGUGAUAUAUUGGAACACAAUGUAGAUGCUCUGAUUAGUAAGUUUGCAGACAACACAAAAAUUGGUGGAAUUGUGGAAAGAGGAAGGUUGUGAAAGGGUACAGCAGGGCAGAGGUCAGUCACAGAUUUGAGCAGUGAAAUAGCUGAUGGAGUUUAAUCAGGACAAUUGGGAGGUGAAAUGUAGGGCAACAGUACACAGUAAAUGGCAGGACCUUUAGGAGCACUGAUGUUGGAGCACAGAGGGAUCUCGGGGUGCAGGGCCAUAGCUCCCUGAAAGUGGCAACACAAGUGGAUAGGAUGGUAAAGAAUGCGUACGGCACACUUGCCUUUGUCGGUUAGACCAUUGAGUAAAGAGGUCAGGAAGUCACAUUGCAGCGGUAUAAAACCUUGCCUAGGCCACAGUUAGAGCAUUGUGUCCAGUUCUGGUCACUGCAUUACGGAACAGAUGUGGAGGCUUUGGAGCGGGUGCAGAUGAGGUUUACCAGGAUGUUGCCUGGAUCACAGGGUAUGAGCUAUGAGGAGAGGUUGGACAAACUUGGGUUGUUUUUUUCUGACAUCGGAGACUGAGAGGAGACCUGAUAGAAGUUUAUAAAAUUAUGAGAGGCACAGAUAGGGCAGACAGAGUCUUUUUCCCAGGGUGGAAAUGUCAAAUACUAUAUAAAGUGAGAGGGGGAAAGCUUAAAGGAGAUGUGCAAAGUAAGUUUUAUUUUACAGAGUGGUAGGUGCCUGGAACACACAGCCGGGGUUGGGGGUGGAAACAGAUAAGAUGGUGACAUUUAAGAGGUAUUUAGACAGGCACGUGUACGGGCAGGGAAUGGGGGGAUAUGGGUCCCGUGCAGACCGGUGUACGGGUAGGGAAUGGGGGGAUAUGGGUCC